GUUUCAGCAUUUGUCUCCUUUUUUUUCUUUGUUCUUUGGUUAUGUAUAAAUAAGCAAAUCUUCUUCCUUUAACACUUCGCUCUCCUUCCUGUUCCCUGUUUUCCUUUACUCUUUUUGACAGAGUUCGACAGUCUACAAACGGUCACAAGACACAGAAUAUAAAGCAAAGCAAAACAGAGAGUGAGAGAUAGAGAGACGGAGAGUGAAAGAGAGGGAGGGAGAGAACACAGGAAUCUGGCGAAAUGGGGUAAGUGGAGAAAAAGCAGCUGAGGAUCUUUUUAACACAGCUGCUGAUCAAAGCAGCAUUGCCUGUUUUGAUUUUCUGAUUUCCUCUGUUUAGGUACAAGGAGUAAAGUUCAAAGCUUCAAGCUAUUUUUUCAUUAUCAAGUCGGGUAUAUUUAGACUUAAUUAAGCAUAAUUCUGGCUUGGAUUCAUUUUCCCGGUUUUUAUUACUGGUACAAGGAUCAGGCUCAUGUGAGAUCAGAAGAGUUAGUACUGGUGGUGUUGGCAGGAGUCAUGGCAACCCUUUUACAUGCCGAGUCCAGACGACUGUAUUCUUGGUGGUGGGAUAGUCAUAUAAGCCCAAAGAAUUCAAAAUGGCUUCAAGAAAAUCUAACAGGUUCACCUGGCAAGAGUGGGAUAUUUAUGGACAAACUUCAUUUCGGAGAGUGGUUUUUCUAUUAUAAAUUUUCUUGUCUUCCUUCGAGGAUAUCGAUUAGCCAGAAUUCGGACAUGGAUUCCAAGGUCAAAGCAAUGAUCAAACUCAUUGAAGAAGAUGCAGAUUCCUUUGCAAGGAGGGCAGAGAUGUACUACAAGAAACGCCCAGAGCUUAUGCAACUGGUUGAAGAGUUUUACCGAGCAUACCGUGCUUUAGCAGAAAGAUAUAAUCAUGCGACAGGGGUGCUCCACCAUGCUCAUAAGACCAUGGCAGAAGCAUUCCCCAACCAAGUUCCCUUCAUGCUGGCUGAUGAUUCACCUGCAGGCUCUUCCACCACUGUGACUGAGCCUCACACACCUGAGAUGCCACAUCCAAUACGUGCAUUGCUUGAUCCUGAUGAUUUGCAGAAGGAUUCUUUGGGGCUCUCGUCGUCCCAUUUCCAUGCCAUAAAUAGGAAUGGUGCUUGUUCUGAAGAAUCUGAUUCUGUAACCAGCAAAAAGGGGUUGAAACAGCUCAAUGAGAUGUUUGGACCGGAUGAAGUGGCAAAACACCAAGCAAAGUUUUCUGAAGGAAGAGCAAGAAGGGGCCUAAACUUUCAUGAGGUUGAAGAACAAGAAGUCAGUCUGCAAGAGAGGGUGUUUCAGUUGUCAACUGAGAACCAGGCCAUGUUUGAGUCUGAACAAGCAAGUAAAGCUGAAACUGAGGUUCAAACACUCAAGGGAGUCCUUGCAAAACUAGAAAGUGAAAAGGAAGUUGACCUUCUUCAAUACCAACAGAGUUUGGAGAGGUUAUCUAUUUUGGAGAAUGAAAUCUCUCGUGCAAAAGAUGAUGCCACAGGAUUCCAUGAACGAGCUUGUAAAGCAGAAACUGAAGUUCAAACCCUGAAGCAAGCUCUUGAUAAAUUAGCAGUUGAAAAGGAAGCUUGUGUUGUUCAGAAUCAACAGUGUCUGGAGAAGAUAUCUAGUCUUGAGACCAAAAUCUCUUAUGCAGAAGAGGAAUCCAGAACACUUAAUGAACGGACAAGUAAAGCCGAAAUUGAAUCUCAAAUCCUUAAAGAAGCCCUUACUAGAUUAGAAGCUGAAAAGGAAUUAACUUUAUUUCAAUACAAGGAGUCCUUGGACACAAUAUCUAACCUAGAGAUCAAAAUUUCUCAUGCCGAGGAGGACGCCAUAAAGCUUAUUCAUCAAGCUAAUAAAACUGAAACUGAAGUUCAAUCACUAAAGCAAGAUCUUGCCAAAUUAGAUCUGGAGAAGGAAGCUGCUACUCUACAGUACCAGCAGUGCUUGGAGAAAAUAUCUAAUCUGGAGGCUGAACUCUCUCAUUCACAAGAGGAGGCCAGGAAGCUUAACAAUGAGGUAGAGAUGAAGGUCAAAAAAUUAAACAGCAUAGAAGAACAAUGUAUUCUGUUGAAGAGAGAAAAGCAAGCUUUACAGAUGGAAGUGGACAAUUUGGUGAAGAAAGUCAGGAACCAGAAUCAAGAACUUCUGGAGAAGCAUGAGAAGUUGGAGAGACUCCAGACUUGCAUUCAAGAAGAGCACUUGCAUUUCCUCCAGGCUGAAGACACACUCCAUACUCUGCAGAAUUUACAUGCUGAGUUUCAGGAAGAACAGAAAGUUUUGACAUCAGAUCUCCAAAAUAUGAUUCAGAUGUUGAAGGCCAUGGAGUUCCAGAAGCGGGGAUUGGAAGACGAAAUCAAACAAGUUAGGGAGGAAAACACAAACCUGAAGGAACAGAACUUAUCCUCUGCUGUCUCAGUAAAGAACCUGCAGGAUGAGAAUUUUAGCUUGAAGGAGACAAAAACAAAACUUGAAGUGGAGGUUGAUCUCUGCUUGGACCAAAAAAAUGUUCUUCAGAAAGAGAUUUACUGUCUUAAAGAGGAAAUAAAAGACUUGAACAGGAGGUACCAAGUUAUAAUGGAGCAAGUGAUUUCGGUGGGUUUGAAUCCAGAGCACAUUGGAUCAUUUGUUAUGGACUUGCUGGGUGAGAAUGCAAAACUGAAAGAAAUCUGCCAGAAGGACAAAGAUGAGAAAGCGACUCUUCUGGAAAAAAUGGAAGGCAUGGAAAAUCUUUUGGAGAAGAAUGCCCUUCUAGAAAAUUCCCUGGCAGGUUUGAAUGCCGAGUUGGAAGGACUAAGAGAGAAAGUCAAGGUAUUAGAAGAAGCAUCCUGCUUGCUUGAGGGAGAAAAUUCCUCUCUUUCUGUUGAGAAGACCAGCCUGGUUACCCAAGUAGAUAUUAUGGUGGAGAGCAUGAAGAAGCUUGCAGAGAAUAAUGCCUUACUUGAGAGUUCCUUUUCUGAUGCAAAUAUUGAACUUGAAGGCUUGAAGGCAAAAGCAAAGAGCUUAGAGGAAUCCUGCCGAUCUCUUGACAAUGAGAAGUCCAUCCUUCUUACUGAAAGAGAUGCUUUGAAUUCUCAGUUGGAAAUUAUUCAGCUAAGAUUGAAGGACCUGGAGGAAAGACAAGCAGAAUUAGAAGAAAAAUACUUGACUCUGGAAGAGGAGAAAGACAGCACACUUUGUGAAGUGGAAGAGUUACAGUUCUCCUUGGAUAUAGAAAAACAAGAACGUGCAAGCUUUACCCAAUCCAGUGAGACCAGGUUGGCUGCUCUGGAAAGACAGAUCUUUCUCCUACAAGAAGAAGGCCAGAGGAGGAAGAAGGAAUUUGAAGAAGAAGAGGAAAAAUCCAUGGAGGCUCAAGUUGAGAUCUUCAUCUUGCAGAGGUUUAUUACAGAUAUGGAAGAAAAAUAUUUCUCUCUGUUAAUUGAGUGUCAGAAGUAUUUCGAGAAAUCCAAGUUUUCAGAUAAUCUGAUUUCUGAAUUGGAGCACAAAAAUCUCAAGCUUCAGGUAGAAUCAAGAUUCUUGUUUGACCAAACCCAGAAGCUCAGAACAGGGAUUCAUCAGGUCUUGAAGUCACUUGAAAUUGAUUUGGAUGAUACGUGUCAAGAUAUUAUCAAAGAAGAGCACAUGAAUCUGAAGCAUGUUCUAGGAAGAAUUAGAAGCAUGAGAAGUACUCUUCUGCAAACUGAGGAUGAGAAGCUACAGAUUCUACUUGAAAAAUCAGUUCUGGUAACUCUGCUAGGGCAACUGAUAUCAGAUGUAGCAGAUCUUGGCUCAGAAAAGACUGUCCUUGAACAGGAUUUCAAAAUCAAAUCAGAGGAGCUACUGAUGCUGCAAAAUAAGAAACAUGAGCUCCUGGAGAUAAUUGGAGAGUUGAAACUGGAGGUGAAGGCAAAGAAGCACCAGGAGGUAUUCCUGAAAGCUGAGAUUGAGAGUCUACAGGCAAAGCUUUCAGAUUUGCAUGACUCUUACCAUGGAUCACAUAAAGAAAAUUACAAGUUGCUUGAAGGAAACAGCUCUUUGAGGAAGGAGUUGUCAGAGUUGAAGGACAAGAUGUGCAUGCUAGAAGAGGAAAACAAUGCUAUCCUCUAUGAAGCAAUGGCUUUGGGUAAUCUCUCUUUGAUUUUUGAGACUUUUGGCACUGAGAGAAGUGUGGAAUUAAAAGGGCUUAGUGAAGAUCUGGACUGUCUUACUGGGGUUAACAAUGACCUAGAGAAGGAAGUUAGAGAAAUGGCAGAGAAGUUGGUAAUUGCCCAAAAAGAAAAUUUCUUUCUCAAAGAAUCAGUUGAGAAGUUGGAGACUGAGCUGAGCAGAGUCAAGAAUAUGACUGACAAGUUAAGUCAUCAAAUUGCAACUGGAAAAGAUCUGCUCUGUCAGAAAGAAAUGGAGCUUUUAGAUGCAGAACAGAAUGUCACAUUUAUGCAGAGCAAGAAUGUAGAGUUACAUAGGGAUAUUGAGGAUCUGAAGAAGGAAAAGGAUGAGGGAAAGGUGAUAAUGGGAGAGCAACAUAAGCUUAUUCUUGAGCUAUCUACAGAUAACAUCCAUCAGAACAAGGAGAUAGUGUGCCUUCGUGAAGCAAAUCAGAAGCUUGAAUUUGAUCUGGGUAAAUUACAUGGAGAAGUAAUAGCACUCAGGAGCAGAGAAGAGUGUAUGCGUCACGACCUGCAAGAGAGAAGAAAUGAGAUUGAAUUCCAGGAAGCUGAGGCCACAGCAUUCUAUGAUGGCCUGCUGAUUUCUAGUAUCCACGAAGCUCUUUUUAAAGAUAAGGUUCUAGAGCUUAUUGCAGCAUGUGAGGCCCUUGAAAGUGAAAGUUCUUCUAAAAGUAUGGAGAUUGAACUGCUGAAAGAAAGAAUUGGUGUCUUGGAAAGGCAAAAUGGAAGACUGACAGCUGAGUUGGCUGCAUAUUUUCCUGUCAUGCUUUCUCUGAGAGAUACUAUAGCUUCUCUUGAAGAGCAUGCCAUUUUUUGGAAAAAAACCUUUAUAUCAGAUAGUCAGGAACCAAAGGAUGCUGAACUCACAACUCAGAUUCAUGAAACGGGCCAUCAAGAGCCAAGUGAAGAUCAAAGUGCUGCUGUACCAGAUGGAGUUUCAGACUUGCAAGAGCUGCAGUUUAAGGUUAAAGCAAUUGAAAAGGCCGUAAUAGAAAUGGAAAGGCUUGUAUUGAUGGAAAGCUCAAGCAGCAAAAUUAAACUAAAGGCAGAAAUCAAAGAGUGUGAGGAACUAAAAUCUGAAAGCAGUGACCUCCGAGAAAAUUAUCGAACAGGAGAAGGCAUUGUGAUGCGACCACAAAAUGAAAGCAUGGAUGAGGGCAACGAUGUUGUCAAGUUUCAGAAAACCCAACCUGAAAUAUCAAAAUUUAAGGAUGGACUAAUAAUGAAAGAUAUUCAACUUGAUCAGACUUCUGACUGUUCGUCCUAUGAUCUUGGAGGUGGUCCACAUGGGGCAAGCAGGAGAGGAAUUGGUGAGACAGAUGACGAGAUGCUCGAGUUAUGGGAAACUGCUGAAAUGGACUGUAGCCUCGAGCCAGCAGUCAAAAGCACAUCCAAGCUGAUGUCUUGUAUGGAGGGUGGCACAGAGUACCAUCAGGCAGAGUCAGCAGAAGAGCAGAGGAGGGAGUAUUUGCAAGCUGAAAAGGAGUUGGGUGUUGACAAGCUAGAGGUAGCCAAGAAAAUAGCACAGCCACGGCAACAAGGAAACAAGAAGAAAAUCCUGGCGAGACUUGCUUCAGAUGCCCAAAAGUUAACGAAUCUACAGAUAACAGUGCAAGAAAUGAAAAAGAAGGCAGAGGCAUCCAGGAAGAACAAGGAUGCAAAGGUUACCGAGUACGACACCGUGAAAGAAGAGCUGCAAGGUAUUGAUGAGUCCAUCAGACGGUUGGUCGAGAUCAAUGGAAAAUUGACGAAGAAUGCGGAGGAGAGCCUUUCAUCCUUGGAGGGGAAAGCUGCGCCAGAGUUGGAAGAGAAGGCGAAGAUACGGAGGAGGAGAAUCACGGAGCAGGCACGACGAGGGUCUGAAAAGAUUAGUCGAUUGCAGUUGGAGUUGCAGAGGAUCCACUUUCUUCUGUUGAAACUUGACGAGGAGAAGGAGAGAAAGGGAAAAAGUAGACACAGUGACAGAAGAGUGAGAGUUCUGUUGAGAGAUUAUCUGUAUGGUGGAGGAGGACAAGGACAGGGUGGCCACGGGCAAAAGACUCCAUUUUGUGCAUGUGUUAGGACUAAGGGAUGAUAAGGGAUGAUAAGGGAAUUAAGUCUAAUCUCUGACUGAAUAUUUUAUACCUCCUAGAGAGAGCCCAUGGCAUGAGCCAUCUUUAGUGUAGAGAAAUUGUAUAUGCCAGCCUGAUCUAUCUAAUCAAAAGCGGCUUUUUCAUAUGGCAUGAAUUUCAGAGAGGACA